ACUAAUUAGUUUUAAGCCACACCUCUUACUGGUGUUUGUCAGAUUGUUUCUGAUGUCAAAAAAGAACACAAAUACAAACAAAACACUUAAGUUUUUGUUUGUACGAGUGUCAUAGAUGGGACUGAAAAGUGGGUCAAAUUAUAUGAUCCUCUACUUGAAAUGUCUCCUUUUUCAGUGCUUGUUGAGUCAGGUCUGGCUCUGAAAGAUGACGAAUAAGAACUCAAAAAAGAGAAGCAGAGGGGUUUCUGUGUUCCCACCUCUGAAUUGACACAAGUGGGAAGGAGAGGGAGCGGGUCAGUCCAGAAAUUGUCCUGGAAAGGAAAGGAGAGGAGAGGAGCUUCUGUGUGAGUAAGAGCAGCCAGGAUAUCUGCUCUGUUAGCUUUGAACCGAUGGUUACAAUCGUCCUUCCUCCUGUUACUCUGAGGAGACAGGCUUCCCCUAUGAGCCGCACCAUCUUCUUUGAGGUGGAGGUUCUGGACGCCAAAACGAAGGAGCAGCUUUGUUUUUUAGAUAAGGUGGAGCCGCACUCGACAAUAGGAGACAUAAAGAGCCUGUUUUACAAAUUAUAUCCUCACUGGUAUCCAGCAAGACAAGCACUGACACUUGAUCCCAAGGGAAAAUCUCUCAGGGAUGAAGAGAUCUUGCAGAGUCUACCAGUGGGAACUACUGCCACCAUGUAUUUUAAAGACCUGGGGCCUCAGUUAGGCUGGACUACGGUAUUUUUUGCAGAGAACAUCGGCCCUCUUCUCAUCUACCUCCUCUUCUACUUCCGAGUGCCGUACAUUUACUCUGACAGCUACGCCUUCACCUCCAGCCCCCACAAAGUCGUCACGACGGCCUGUGUCUGUCACACCUUCCACUAUCUGAAGAGGCUAAUUGAGACUAUCUUUGUGCAUCGUUUCUCCCACGGCUCCAUGCCUCUCAGGACUAUCGUCAAGAAUUGCUUGUAUUACUGGGGUUUCUCAGCAUGGUUGGCCUAUUAUAUCAACCAUCCUCUUUACACGCCUCCAUCAUAUGGAGAGCUCCAGGUCCACUAUGCAAUGCUCUUAUUUGUGAUCUGUGAACUGGGUAACUUUUCCAUUCACCUGAGUCUCAGUCACCUCCGAGGAGACAGAUGCAGAGGCAGAAGGUUUCCCGUGCCGUCUAAGAACCCGUUCACGUGGCUGUUUUUUCUCGUGUCCUGUCCAAAUCACACAUACGAGGUUGGGACUUGGGUGAGCUUCUCCAUCAUGACACAGUGCCUGCCAGUGGCAGUUUUCACACUCCUGGGGUUCAUUCAGAUGACCAUCUGGGCCAAAGGGAAGCACAGAGCCUACAACAGAGAGUUCAAAGACUAUCCUGCUGUUCGAGUGGCCAUAAUACCCCUGAUUCUCUGAUAGUGGGUGGAGCUUGAAAGUGUGACUGGAUAUGAGACUCGACUGAAUGAGCGGCUCCAACCAAAUGAAGUUAGGCCCCCCUUUUUUUUCACGAUAUGGCCAUAUUGGAGGCAGAAAUCAUCAGUAGGUGAUGAUUGGUCCAAGUUGGCAUUUCUAUGGCAACUACUGUCCCAAAUCAGGAGUUUGGUUAACUCCACACCCCUACCACAUUUGACAUUGGGGGAAAGCAGGCACUAACUAAUUUUAUGAGGGGGACCUGGUGACAGACAAGAUGGUGGCUGAAAAUCAUUAGCAGGAAGGAAGUCCAAUACUGGAAAAUCAUGCCACCCCCACCCCCCUGCCCACAAAACUCUUGUUUUUAUCGAAAAAGACUAAUAUAGCUGGCAACCCAAACAAAUAUGUUUUUUAUUUUUUACGUUUUUAACCUUUACCAUUUGAGGUGCUUCUAUCAAAACAUAAAAUACUGUUUGACAUACCGUAACUCUUUUCACAUUUAGCUGAUCUGCGGAGAAAAAGUGGCUUAGCGCUGGUAAACAACCCUUUAAAGUUGCUUGUCACAGAUAUGCAGCACAUUACUAACGUAUAGUAUUUUUAUAUCAGUCCAAAGCUGCUUUUCUCAGAGCUGAUUUACGUUGAUUGCAUAAAGAGGUUACCGCAAGCUAACUGUGGUCAAACAUCAAAGCUGGUCCAAUGUAAAAGUCUCAACAGUUUUACAAAUCUGAAGACUUUUGUUAAUAUCCUUUAAUAAAGCGUUUACCCUCUUUUGACGCAUUGUAAGCUAGUCCCGAAGACUAAAAAAAGGUUUUAAUAAAGGUGGCUACAACUCUGAAAUUUUGUGGAAUUUCCACUUCCAGCUAAGGAUUUUCAGCCACCAUCUUACGUACUACCAGGUCCUCUUGUACUUUUAUUGAGGCAUCUGAUUGGCCAGUUUAUAACUUGACUAACUUACACUACAAAAAGAUUAUCAUAAAAAAUAAAUUAGGAUAACAUGUUAAAAAAAGGCUGAAUCCAAACUCUUCUCCCUACCAAUACAUUUAGCCCUCCAAACAUAGAGUUGUGGAAAAAUAGUGUCUCAUAAUUCGGACGUCACUUUCGCUUGAAAGUUCCCAGUUAGCUACUUUAGCGAGGAGCUGCUAGCAUGUAGAAAUAUGUAAAAACAUUGGUUUUAUAACUUUAAAAAGUCAUGCUAAAGCAUUAAGUCCAAACUUACAUUUAAAUGUAAACCACCCACGUGAAGAAGUAUGUUUCUCCUCCGCGGUACAGCGGAACACCUUCACGGUAGAGGGUCCUGCUUCCCUCCGCCGCGAGAGUUAGCCCUUAAAAAAGUCUCUAGGACAACCCCUCUAAAUGCUCCUACAUUUUGAUGGGUAGGGAGAAGCUGUAGUGGAAGAAUUCAGAUUCGGCCCAAGAGUGUUUAUUCUAAUAAAUAGAAGUCUGUGGGAUUUUUUCAUCUUGGGGAGAUCGGGUACUUCCUGUUUGAAACUCCAGGGGGAGGGGUCACUUAGUUCUCAUAUACAGCCAAUGGCAGCAUGCUAGGAGUCUCCGACUAUGCAACUUUAUUUGAAGUAUAGAAAAACGAAAUAAACCAGGAAUUAGUAAUGAUGCAAAGUGUUUGUACAUGACUGUAUUGUACAUUAUUUGUUUCUUAUACAAGUUUCUAAGACUUUCGUAGAAUAGAUCCUAAGUGCUUUUAUGAAUUCCGAUAUGCUGCUACUCUAGAAUUCAGACGAUGCUUUCAAACCUGCAGUUAGUUUCUUCAUUCAACUGGCUUUAAGGCAAACAUGGUUUCACUUGCUUUGGCAAUAAAAACAGGAUUUAAUGUUUUAAGUGCCUACAGAAAAAAUGUUUUGCUAAUAGCAACACUUUCAAGUUCUCAGGAGCCAUGCUAAUAUAAAAAACAUUUUACGUCAUGACAUCAACUUGUACAUUAGCUUUCUAAUCAGGAAGUUGUUAACAGCAUCCGCGGUAAUGAAAAUCAUCAUUUUAAAACUCAGGUUUCAUUUUUCACAAUAAAGGCUCACGCGUUAAGGAAAAUGUUACUUUAUUUGAAAUUUUGCUUCUCUUAGAAACUUUUUUUUUUUUUUUUUGGAAUGUCAUCUUCCACUUAUGACACCAGGUGCAGGUGGAAUCCAGAAAAUGUACCAAAGUGCAAAGAUUGAGCAACAAUUGAAUACAUAGAAAUAAAAACAUGUCACAGUAUCAAUGUUAACAGCAGCAAAAAGAUUCUGUAACUGUCAGGUGUAUUGCACUAAAAUACUUCCAAACUUGCUGGUGUAAACUGCUUAAGAUCAAUAAAGUGCUAAAACUAUGGCUCCUUGACUUCUUCUUGACUUGACCAAAAGGCAACUAAAGACAAUCUUGCUUGGCAUUGGAAGCAAUAAGACUGAAGACCUAUGCUUUCUCAAAAACUCGAUGAAAAACCUUCUUUUUUU